UACAUAUUAACAAAAAAAGAGAGAAAAAGAAAGAUACAAUAUGAAUUUAAAGGGAGCUACACCAACUCAAGUAUAUGAAGAUUUUGUGCCAUCAUCAAAGAAGGUUCAUGAAGAAAACUUUGACACAAUUCACAUUAAUCUUCAUGGUUUCAAGAAGGAACAGCUGAAAGUUGUACUUACCAGCACAGGAAUUCUGAAGAUCAGCGGACAACGGCCAAUUGGUCCGACUAAAUGGCAGAGGUUUCUGAAUGAGUUUCCUGUUGCAGAAAACUGUGACAGAAGCAAAAUCAGCGCGAAGUUUGAAAACGGAAUUCUUCAUGUUAAACAACCAAAACUGAUACCAAAAGUGGAAAAGGAGAAGGAAUUGUCAGCUACAUUGGCUGAGAAUACCCCUGCAGCUAAAAGACAGAAGACAACUUUACGAGACGAAUUUGGUAAACAGGACAACGCUGAUGCUGAUACGCCUGCUAAAGAAGAACCAAAGGAAACUGGUCCUAAAACAAGUGAGCAAACAGAAGAGAAAAAGCUACCAUCACAUGAUAGUAGUUCAAGUAGUAGUUCUUCUCAUUCCAGUGAAUCCGAUAGUGAAUCGACUGAUGAUGAUACAGAUGAUGAAGCAUCCGAAAACGUGAGUUGUUUGGUUGCAAACCUGAAGAAGCCAAGUAAAGUGAUUCAAAUGACUCUUGUUGGUCUGUUGGUUCUUGGAAUCAGCCUCUAUGUCGCCAACGAAAGAUCUCAUUAAACUCUCAUUUCUAAGCUGUACUCAAUCAAUUUGUUAUGAAUCAUAAAAUCAUCAUUUGAAUAUAUAAUAAGUGAUAAUGAGAUGAAA